AUGCCCCCCACUACCCCUCCCACAGGCCUCCCGCCCAUGAAAGACCUGACAACCGAAAACAUCACCGAAAACGUGCACAUCGUAAACAGCCAAUGCCCGUCCCCACGACUCAAGUACCUCCUCCACCAAAUCGUCUCCCACCUGCACGAAUUCUGUCUUGAGACGCGCCUGUCCACCGAAGAAUGGAGCUACGGAAUCAAAUUCCUCACGGAGAUCGGGCAGAUUAGCGAUGAUCUGCGGCACGAGUUUAUCCUGCUUUCUGAUACGCUCGGUGUAUCCUCGCUCGUCGACGCGAUAAAUCACCCGCGCCAGCCGCCCGCCACAGAGGGGACAGUCCUAGGCCCGUUCCAUACGCACGAUGCAGUUGAUAUGUCUCACGGGGCAGUACUGCACACGGACCCCGACGCGACGCCGCUUUUCGUCCUGGCGUCUAUCAAGGAUACGGCGGGGAACCCGAUUCCCGAUGUGAAGGUUGAUGUGUGGGAGGGUGACUCGAAGGGGUUCUAUGAUGUGCAGAAUCCGAAUCGGGAGGGCCCGGAUGGGAGGGGUGUGUUGAGGAGUGAUGAGGACGGAUUGUUUUGGUUUCAGGCGAUUGUGCCCGUGCCGUACCCGAUUCCGAUGGAUGGGCCUGUUGGGAAGAUGCUCAAGGCGCUGGGGAGGCAUCCGAAUCGGCCGGGGCAUGUGCAUUUUAUGCUUGAUAAGCCUGGAUGGGAUCUCUUGAUUACUGCGCUCUACCCCCGCGGAGACCCCUACGAAUCGUCAGAUCCGGUGUUCGGCGUGAAGGAGUCACUCGUCGUUGACCUGUCGACUGUCGAAGACGAGGAGAUGGCGAAGAAGUACGGUGUUAAGGUGGGGACGAAGCUGCUGAAACAUGACUUCGUGCUUUUGUCAGAAGAAGAAGCCCGUGAGUUGCGCAAGAAGAAUGCUAUCGAGGCUAUGGAGAAGCAGGGGAGAAAGGUUGUUUUCCAUGAUGAUUUGCCAGUACCGGCAGAUGAUUCUUGA